AUUCUUAUGCAAAUAAAUAUGAAUUUAAAAGCAGUUGUAGCAAUGUAAUUGCUGUGUAAUUGUAACAUGGGCAUAUUUUCACAUUAACGUGGAAUAUUUCCUUAGACCCGGUGUAUCAUGGUGUGUUUAAAAUGAGAGAUGACCUUUGGAUGCUGGAACUGAAUGAAGAGCAUCCAAACCUGCUGGAAGUCAGAGUCCAGAAUGCAGUGGUUCUGCUGGCAUGUGGCAGUGAAGAUGAGCCUGGGAUUUCUGUGUCUCCUUCUGGUUUUCAACACAGCUUCCUGCAUAAGAAGAGAAAACAAGAAAGAGAAGCAAGUGGCAGUGCUGGCUACCGCAGAGCUGCCUGCGAAGUCCGUGGAUCUGGCUGCUGUUAACCUGACAGAGCUGGUGAAUGGAAUGCUAAACACGGUGCUCAGAGGUACCAAAAAGCUCUUCUCUUUGCUGAGCAUCACGUCUUACAGCUCAUUUGCCUUCCACAAAGUAUCAGUCACCAUUUAUAACAUUUCCAAUGUGAAAAAUGUUGACCCUGGCAAGUUCCCUAUGCGUUACUGCUACUGUUUGAACAAUGUGACAAAUGACUUGACAGAUUUCACAGCUUUACUUGUUGAUAUUACUGGAAACUCCACCAGUUAUCUCACAGAAAUAUUCAAAUCCACUUCUAUUCUCUCAGUGCGUCAGAGCAAUGAUUCAGAUUGUAUCUACAUCUGUGUGAUGACAGGGCAGACAGGGAGAAAUCUGUCUGACUUUUGGGAAGUGCUGGAGAAAUCCCCUGUUAUUAAUUAUACAUUUUCCAGUAACACAUCUUCUGACCUGGAUGCAGACUCGAUGUUUUCAAGUGUCAUGAAUUUACAGGAAGACCCAAAGAAAACAGUGGAUCCAUCAGCAGAACGUGUGUGGACAUUUAAAACUACCAGGAUCCCUCUUGCCCAGAAAGGGGAGGAAAUCACCACCACGAGGUCCCCACCAUGGCCAAAGACGGUUGGAGUGAAAGAACUGUGGUUUCCACCACUACAUGUGGACGCUUCCGGACCACUCGGCACAGCUGGACCCCAUUUGACUGCAGGGGGGAGCUCAACCCCAUCACCAGCCCUGCAGCCCAGUGACAUGGAUGCAUUUUGGAUGCAGACAGUGUCUCCUCAAGAAACCAGCAAAAUCAUACAAACAGAGCCAGAUUUGUCUUCUGCACUGCUGUCUGUGCCACCCUACAGGCCUGGUGUGAGCCUGAAGCUUUACUCAGCUACCAGGUGUUCACAGGCGAUGCUCAAAGACUCCCGUGUGACCUCGCCUCCUGUCACUCUUCUAGUGCAGAAGAUCAAUCCCUGUGUGAUGGAGCUGUGUAGGUUUUUCCAGCUGUGCCUCUGUGUUGGUCAGAGGAGAUACUUCAGGAAGGAAGGCAUGAGGUACUGUGUUGAAUACUAUUCCUGGUUCUUGAAAAAUGCAAAUUAUGUCUGUGCAAGAGUCAAAAGAGUUGCUUACUCCCAAACACUGAAACAAAAAUGCCUUAAAAGCAUCUGUACGUCGGUCUAGAGCACUGGGGAAUUAUCCUGUGUAUUGGAAGAUCGUUGGCAGUUUUAGUUGUCUCCUUAGUGUAAAAAUGAGGAUGAAACAUGUUAUUUGCAAAUAUUUAUAACAAGGCAAGCUAUUAACCAUAUGCUAACAUAGAAAUGUGUCUUCCAUUAAGGCAUUGCAAAAUUAAUGUG